AUGAUUGUUGGCUGCUGUGGUGUGGUGAGUGAUGGCGGUAGGACGGUGACGGAUAGCAGUCAGGGAGUGAUUAGUGGCAUGUUUGUACUAUCAGGAGGAAUUAAUGUUAUCGGUUACAUCAUUUCUUACGACUGGCUUCAUUUAGAUAGAGUGCACCGGGAUCACAGCGCCUUUACAAUCCCUGAGCUGACGCCGCCAGACCUCUUCGGUGAUGGAGAUGAUACGCUCAUGAGAGAAAGCGAUAUCAUACGUUUAGGCAUAGAAAAGUUGCUGGAAUAG